AUGGGCCCUUUCACGGUCAGUCUUUGUGCAUCCAAUGAGACCUGGCGUGGGGAGGCUGGAGUGGCGCCUGCUUUAGAGCUGCGCCUCCUCCGAAUGCUGCCGGAUGCUGGUGCAGUCCUGAGUGGCGUGUCGUUGGUCAAAAAGGAGGCUCUGUCAUUUAGUCCAGUGCUGUCCCAGGAGCACCAGUCUGGCCUGAGACUCGGCAGGGUCCCUUCACAGCUGAGCAGUGCCCCCCUCCCCCCGUGGGGCAGGGUCCCUCCACCACCCACCCAAUGGGGCCCCAAGACAAGGGAAGCCCCUGCGGGCCGGGACCAUCUCAGAAAGGGCCUCCCUGACGCUUGCUUGAGGCCGCUGGAGCAUCUUGGGCCCCCCCAGAGGGACACCGGGGUGCCCUGGCUGAAGCGUUGUCUUUUCCUUUCCAGGUUGGUGGUUGGAGCCAGCUACGUGGCCCUGGAGUGUGCGGGGUUCCUCACAGGUUUUGGCCUCGACACCACCGUCAUGAUGAGGAGCAUCCCCCUGCGAGGCUUUGACCAGCAAAUGGCUCACUUGGUAACUGACUACAUGGAAUCCCAUGGCACAAAGUUUUUGAAGAAGUGCAUAGUCAAAAAAUUGGAAAAACUUAAGGAUAAUCAAAUCCAAGUUACCUGGGAAAACCGUGAGUUGGACAAAGAAGAGAUGGGCACCUUUGACACAGUCCUGUGGGCCAUAGGCCGAGUUCCAGAAACCAGCAACCUGAAUCUGGAAAAGGUCGGGGUGGAGCUGCACCCAACCACCCAGAAGAUAGUGGUCGAUGCCAAGGAGAUGACCUCAGUGCCUCACAUUUAUGCCAUCGGAGACAUAAGCCAGGGGCGCCCCGAGCUGACACCCACGGCCGUCGCUGCGGGGAAGCUGCUGGCCUGGCGCCUGUUCGGCCAGUCCGAGGACCUCAUGGAUUACAAUAACGUGCCCACCACAGUCUUCACUCCCCUGGAAUAUGCUUGUGUGGGGUUGUCGGAGGAAGAGGCCGAACAGCGCCACGGCCUGGAUCACAUCGAGGUGUAUCACGCCUACUACAAGCCUCUGGAGUUUACCGUGACGGAGAGAGACGCCUCUCAGUGCUACAUAAAGAUGGUGUGCUUGCGCGAGAAGGACCAGCGGAUUCUUGGCCUCCAUUUCGUGGGCCCCAACGCGGGCGAAGUUAUUCAGGGAUUUGCGCUUGGAAUCAGGUGUGGGGCCACGUACUCCGACUUAAUGAAGACAGUGGGCAUCCACCCGACCUGCGCAGAGGAAGUCACCAAGUUAAAGAUCACCAAGCGCUCGGGCCUGUCGGCUGUCAUCACAGGCUGCUGAGGUUAAGCCCCUGUCCCUGGACGAGCCUAGGAGCACCCAGCCUUGCUAAUGGAGAGAGCGUCGCCCCUUCCUUUUCUUAGGCCAUCUGUGAUCCGAUUCGAACCCAGCCCAUACCCUGAACCCCACGGCCAAAUGUACCUGCAGUCUGCUGCCCGCAGGCCAGUCGGACGGGAUGGUUGGGACCCACUCGGGACUGGAAGAUGAAUUUCUCGUUCGGGGUUCGGGAUCCUCGCGACGCGUUCCUGCGCCGGGACGACGGCGUGCCUCCAUCACAGGCUGCCUCGGCGCUCAUUUAGCCAAAGAUGUUCUCUCCGAUGAGAGGAAGGCGAGGAAUCGCUUCCCGACACAUGCUGCGUGCUCCUCCGGGGACAGCCCUCCCGCAGCCCUCCUCCGUGUCCACAUGCCAGAUCAUGACGACUUGCGCAGAAACCCACCCGUGGGCCGCGCAAGGCCGAGCUCUCCUGGCAUUUCCAGUGCAUUCGAGACAUGGAAAGAACCCAAUAAAGAUGGUGUGUUGUGCUCUGC